AUGACGUGUCCUUUUCGGCGCGCGUCGUCGCAACACCAGUUCGCGAAUGGCGCCGCGGGGAAAAAACCUGGGUUUCGAUCAAGACAGUCCUCUAUACACCUACCAGGACCUGAAGAAGAGGAGGAGGGGAAAACUUUGACUUUGAAACAUUUGAGCGAAGCGUUGCAGUUGCUCACAGCGCCGUCGAACGAAUGUCUCCACGCGGCAGUGAUGGCGUUAACAAGGAACCAAGCCGAGCGUUACGACAAAUACAACUGCUUGCGGAGAUUACCUGACGACGUUAGAUCAUGUAGAAAUUAUGCCUAUUUACAAGAAAUUUACGACGCUGUUCGAGCGACUGAUAGUUUAAGCACCGAAGAUUUUAUGGCGAAAUUAGGGGAAUAUUUAAUUUUAACCGCACUCUCGCACAAUAGUCGGUUAGAGAGAGCGUACAAGUGUUUAGGAACAAAUUUGACUGAAUUUUUGACUACACUGGACAGUGUUCAUGAUGUAUUGCAUGAUCAGGACGACGCACAGAAAGAUGAAACAGUGGAAUACGAAGCGGCGUUCGUAUGCUCAACGUCACAAGAAGGCAAAAUUGAACUACACUUGACAACAGAAAGUGAACCUGUAGCAUACAUGCUCGUUGGCAGCUUAAGAGCUAUUGCAAACAAAUUGUAUGACACAAGGGCGAAUAUAAGACUGAUGAGCUAUACUAAUGACCCUAGAAGAUUUAGGUAUGAAAUAAAUGCAACCCAAUGUCAAAAAUCAAAAGAAGAAAACUGCGAGGCUUUCAGUGAGGCUGUGUCAGUUGCCUCUUCAAGCAAUGUGACGGAUUUAAGAAUUGGAGUUGCCAGUUUCUGCAAAGCGUUUCCAUGGCACUUUGUCACAGAUAGAAGAUUGGAGCUGGUUCAACUUGGUAGCGGAUUCAUGCGGCUAUUCGGUAAUUAUCUGGCAUCGCGAGGUUCGUCGUUGUGCACGUACUUCAGACUGAUGCGGCCGCGCGGAGUGACACUUGACUUUCGCGAGAUCUUGAAGAGGGUCAACACACCGUUUAUGUUCUGCUUAAAAAUACCAGGGAAUACAUCAUUGGCUGAGGGCCUGGAAAUCAAAGGACAAAUGGUGUUCUGUCCGGAAUCAGAUUCCUUGCUGUUCGUCGGCUCGCCUUUCUUAGACGGACUCGAGGGUCUGACCGGACGCGGAUUGUUCAUUUCUGAUAUUCCAUUGCAUGAUGCAACGAGGGACGUCAUCUUGGUUGGCGAGCAGGCAAGAGCACAGGAUGGCCUCCGAAGAAGAAUGGACAAGUUGAAGAAUUCCAUUGAAGAAGCAAGUAAAGCUGUGGACAAAGAAAGGGAGAAAAACGUCAGUCUACUGCAUUUAAUAUUUCCGCCACAUAUUGCCAAAAGACUUUGGUUGGGCGAGAAGAUAGAAGCAAAAAGUCACGAUGACGUCACGAUGCUCUUUAGUGAUAUCGUUGGAUUUACGUCCAUAUGUGCAACAGCUACGCCAAUGAUGGUCAUAGCUAUGUUGGAAGACUUGUACAGCGUGUUCGACAAGUUUUGUGAAGAUAUUGAUGUUUACAAGGUUGAAACGAUAGGCGAUGCGUACUGCGUGGCAAGUGGAUUACACCGCAAAAUUGAUACGCACGCGCCUCAAAUUGCUUGGAUGGCUUUACGAAUGGUUGAGACCUGUGCACAACACCUAACACAUGAAGGAAAUCCUAUUAAGAUGCGGAUUGGACUACAUACGGGAACAGUCUUAGCUGGUGUCGUUGGGAAGACGAUGUUGAAGUACUGCCUCUUCGGUCAUAACGUCACGCUCGCCAACAAGUUUGAAUCCGGAUCUGAGCCUCUGAAAAUCAACGUCAGUCCUACGACUUAUGAGUGGCUAAUAAAAUUUUCUGGCUUCGAAAUGGAGCCGCGCGACCGCUCUUGCUUGCCGAAUUCUUUCCCCAAGGACAUUCCUGGAACAUGUUAUUUUCUACACAAGUACACGCAUCCCGGAACGGACCAGAAUGCUACCCAGGUACAACACAUACAGGAUGCCUUGAAAUACUAUGGUAUCGGACAAACGAAACCAAUUGAAGGCGAUGAAGAACCCACUUAGUCAACGUAAACUGUUUAGCGAGUGUAAUUUUGUGUUCGUGUUCGCUUCGUAAAAUCAUUAAGGUUGAUCAAAAAACUUUCUUCAUCAAAGAGAAGUCAAAUAAAAAGAAGUUAAUUUUAACACAGUUCUUCCAGCGUUUAAUUUGGCUGGUAAAUUUAUUUUGCAACUUUAUAUAAUUGUUCCUUUUUACAUUUACAAGAUGUAAGAAAAGA